CGUGCGGGUGCUCGGAGUGCGUUCGGUACGUCGUUCGUCCAUACCGACGCGUACGAACACCGCUUAGCGCGCAUCACUUCUGCCUACCCGGUUAGGCCGCGUCGCGUCAAGAUGUCCGAUACGGAGAAUUUCGUCGAAGCUGUUCCGGAACCCGUCGCCGGUCCGAGCGCCGCGCAAGUUACCGGUUUAUCGGUGGACCGCGUGGCGAUACGCCUACCUUCAUUUUACCCGGAAAACCCUGCGAUGUGGUUUGCGCUGGUGGAAGCGCAGUUCGAGAUGCAGGGCAUCAAGGCUGACUCAACGAAGUUCUUCUCGGUGCUCCGGGAGCUCGACCUCCGCACAGCAAGGGAAAUUCGCGAUAUAAUUACCAACCCACCCCAAGCAGAGAAAUACGAAAAAUUAAAAAGCGAGCUAAUAAAACGUCUUUCUUUUUCACGGGAGCAGAAGAUGCGACAGUUACUAACUACGGAAGAAUUAGGGGACCGAAAACCAUCGCAGUUUUUACGUCAUCUCAGGGCGUUGGCUGUGGACGGUGUAGGUGAAGAGUUUCUGCGCAGUCUGUGGUGCAACCGUUUACCGCUGCACAUCCAGGCUAUUUUGGCGUCACAAGCGACAACACCGUUGGAUGAAUUAGCAACUCUUGCUGACCAGAUUUAUGAGGUUGUACCUUCUCCUUCUUACCAAAAACAGGUGGCAAGUGCAGAGUCGUUCGAGGGCAUGAUGCAACGUCUGGAGCAGACCAUCACCACGCGGAUCCAACAAGAACUGGCGCAACAGAUAGCUCAACUUAACGUCAGCUCAGAGGGUAGAACAUCACGCCGUACAUUCCACGGCAGAAAUUCCAGAUCAAACAACAGGUCCAGGUCACGGGGCCGGAGCCAGAACCGAAAACCAGCUAAUCUGGAAAAGAGCAGAACACUUAAGACCAAAAUCCUAAACCUGCCACAAGAAGAUUGGAUAGACAAAGAUGUUAUAAACGGAAUCAACAAAAGAAAUGAACUAUUUGCCCAGUGGAAAUCAAAUCCGGAAAAUACUACUUUACUAGAUGCCUUUAAAAAGGAGAGAGAAAACGCAGCGAAGUUAAUUAAGACUAGGAAGGACUCUUAUUACUACAACAGAUUUAUGAAAUAUAUUAAGAAACCAAAGAAGAUAUGGGAUCAGGUAAACUACCUGGCUAAAAACAAAAUCAGGUCAAAUAGUACUCCACAGCUAGUAUCUCAAUCAGAAAUCCUUGCUGAUCCUAAUAUGAUUUGCAAUGCAUUUAAUGAUUACUUUGCAUCCAUUGGAGCAGUCCUAGCUGAAAAUAUACCACAACACUUUCACGAUACUCAUAUCAAUACCAUCUUUCUUUUAUAA